AUGAGUUGGUUUCAAAAAAAAAUUUCAUUAAAACCAAGAUCAAGAGGUGCUUAUUUAAUUGAUGAUGAAAUUAAUAGUGCUUUACCAGAAUUAAGAAAUUAUAAAAUUGGUGUAUUACACUUGUUCUUACAACAUACUUCUGCUGGAUUAUCAUUAAAUGAAAAUUGGGAUUCUGACGUUAGAAAAGAUAUGACAACUGCAUUAAAUGAAUUAUUACCUGAUGAUGUAAGUACAAUGGAUUAG